AUGCCCUCCAAAUCGGAAGCAGACACUUUUCUGGAAGACUUGCCACCUGCCCUGAACGCCCACAUCGUGCGGUACAAUGUGAAGAAAUUCUCUGGAGGGAGAGAAGAUCUCCUGCCAGAUGAUAUUGAUGAUCCGGAGCUCCUUCUUCGAGCGGUGGUGCGGAAAUUCAGUGCAGAGUGCAGUGCUGCAAAAAGCCAGCAGUAUCGGGCAGAAGCAGAGGCGGACAAGCUCAAGAGGCAGGUGGAGAUCCUGGAGGAGGCGCAAGCUGUAGCAAAGGAGAAAGAGGCCAAGUUCGCCAACCCAGAGAGAAAGCUGGCAAAGGCUGCGCAGUCCGAGCUCUUCAGCGAACGUAUGACAAUCAGACGUCUGCAGAAAGAGCUCAGAAUUGUGAAGGAAAUGCUGAAGGAAUCGGAGGAUACUUUCACCCAGCUCUAUGAGGAAUUAGUGACGACAAGGCGCCAAGAUCAGGAGCUUGAGGGUCUUCAGAACGGCCUGGAGAACAGGGCCAGAAUGGCAGUUGUAGCACUUGCAGAGGAGAGAAGCAAGGUUCAAGAAAAGACAGAAGUGGCAAAGACGCUGAAGGCGCGCGUGCAGGAGCUGGAGGCAAACGAAGGAGAUGCUGCACGGAAGAAAGCAAUCGCCGAGAGGAGAAUCGUGGUGCUGAACCGUGAGAUUGAGCAGUUGCAGCAGGAUGUGAAGCGCAUCGAAGGCAAAUAUCAGGAGGGUGUGGAGGUCACUGUGAUUCUGGAGGAAAGAUGUCGCGAGGAAGAGGCCAAGCUAAAGGAGGAGAUUGCCAAGGUGGAGGUGUUGACUGCGCAGAUCGCUGAAGAAAAGAAGUGGAGCUCCAUCUUGAAGCAGGACCUGGCCAAGGCGCAGGCGGAGAUUGAGGGCAUCACAGAUGAGAAGCACUCCCUCUUCAAGGAAAACAAGAGUCUUGACAAGAAGGGCAUCAUGGAGGGAAAGCGAGCGCGCGAAGCGGAAGCAGAGGCGAAGAAGGUGAGAGAGCUGCUCGUGGACUCUUCGUCAAGUCUGGUAAUGACCACGCACGAGCUUGGAGAUGAGAAGAAGAGGGUCUCUGAGUUGGAGCGUGAGCUUGAAGAGACCCGCAAGACCUUGAAGGAGUAUCAGGAUCUGGCAGCGACACGUAAAAGCCUUCUGGAAAGUGCCGAGAAGGAAGCAGUGGAACUGAGCAAUCAGUUGCACGAUGCAGAGGCCAGGGAAUACUCCUUGACGCGGGAGCUGAAGAAGAUGAAGGUGUCCCUCUCGCAGUCGAUGGACAGAGAGAAGGAUGCAGACGCAGAGGUUGUUCGAGUAGCAAGCUCGCUGGACAUGUCGCAGCGCGAGUUCCGCACCCUUCAGUCCGAGGUCGGUGACAAGGACUCUUCCAUCGAUCUCCUGCGGUCCCAGCUCCAAGACUCCAAGGAGCUGGUUCGCAUCUACCGUUUGCGUGGGGAUGAUCUGGAGAAGGACCUUAAGGCCUCGCAGCAGCGAGUCACCGAAUCUCAAGAUCGCGAGUACCUCCGCAAGGUGGAAUGCGACAGGCUUAAAGAGAAGCUGGCAAAGGAGCAGGAUGUGGUUUUGGAUCUGUCCGAGAAGGUGGAACUGAUGUCAUCUCAGAUCAAAGAGAGCCAGGCAGCGUACAAAGAAGUCAUUCAGCAAGAGGCAGUGCUCAAGGAAGAAGUACAAAGGUACCAGGAGAAGCUGCAGGAUGCCACUGAACGUGGCGACGUCUUGGAGAAAGGCUUAAAGGCUGUCGAAGGGGAGCGCGAGGUCUACAAAGGACAAACCUCAGUGUUGAGAGAAGAUCUCCUUGACAAGCAGACGAAGCUCCGCAGCACGCAUAAAGACUUGUCGAUGACAGCAGUAGACCUCGAGAGCCUCAAGGAGUCGCACGAAGGCAUGGCGGAGGACCUCAAGAAGUCUAAGAAGAUGCACGCUGAAGCAGCACUGCGCGUGGAAACCUUGGAGAAGGAGUGCCAGGAGAUCAGGGCCCAACUUGAGGUCAAGGAGAAGCAAGCGGCACGACUUGAGGUGGUUGUAGAGGAGCUGAACGUCAAGCUGGAAGACGCCAUCCUCGACUACACAGAGGAAAGGAAGCAAGCCAAGGACUUUGCAGAGAAGCUCCACCAGAAGGACUCAAAGGUCAAGAAAAUCGAAACUGAGGCAACGUUCUCCAAGGACUCCGUCCAGCGCCUGUGUGGGGACAUCAAGCAGUUCCAGGAGAGGGAAGCGCAGCUCAAAGCUAAGAUAGGAAGCCUCGAAGGCGACAUAAACCAGUGGAAAGAACGACUCGAGGAGUCCCGUUCCGAGGUUGCUGAGCUGAAAGACGUGAAUUGGCGAAUAGCAGAGGAUUUGCAGAAAUCGAAAGUCAGCCUCCGAGAUGUUGAGGCCAUGGUCAAGAAGACGACCACAGAGCUGAAGUCUGGAAAAGGGCGAAUGGCUGAGGCAGAGGCCGCCGGGCCCGGCCAAGUGAUGUGCCGUCCAUGCCCCUUGAUGUGCAAGUGGAAAUGGGACUUGCUAGUGCCGCAGUCGCUGCAGGCAUUAGUCCAGGCCGAGGCCAGAGAAAAAGAGGCUCCGCCGUACUUUGCGAUGUCUUGGGAUGCUCGGUGGAAGUUGGAGAGGCUCUCGAGCAGCUGGCCGAAGGCAAAGGCGCACCACACGGUCUUGACGCACUGGCAGCGCUGGGAGACAUCAUCGCAAGAAUUGCUGUGCAGGCCGGGUCACCUUAUCGGAUCUCACUUUGAAGCCAUCAAUCAAGCCAAGCUUCUGGCAGGUGGACGGCACGAGAAAAUUGAUGCUGCUACCGGCAAACGCCGCUUGAUGACUGGGUGGCUUGCUGGGAUGAUGUUUGGGCCCUUGCGCUUGGUAGGUGCUGCCUUCGCAAUACGGAGGUCUGCAUUUCCAGACGCCAGUCAGCCAUGGACAAUGGACGGGGCGAACUGUGUAGAUGUCGCCUCUGUUGUCAUCGCCGCGGUGGACGUGGCCCCAGCCGAGAGCCAGCCAUGCAUCCAGACACUGCGACGAAUAUUGGUUCACUGGCUAACACCGCCCCCUGAGGACAAGGGUGUAGCCGAGAAGGCUACAGCUCUGAAGAGCGGCAAUGCAGAAGGCAACGCUGCGUACAAUAUCGGCUGCGCCAAUGGCUGCCGCCUUGCAAGGCUUGGCAGUGUUUCACAGUACAUGGGGCCAAGUUUCAGAUUCCAACUUGUCAGCGCAGCUUGGCUCAACCCAGCACAGGACAGCGGGCCUAGGAAGAUUUUGACACAACUCAUGGCUUCAAUGACUGAUAGCAAGCGCCCUCGCCGUUCUCGCAGCAGCGCGGCUGCAGCAGUGGCAGCCUCUCUCAUUGGUGCGCUUGCCCUUGAUGCCUUCGAGCUGGCCUUCAGUGCCCCGCAAACUCCUCCACGCGCAACGUUUGGGCAGCCUGCGCGGCGAUUGAGUCAUCCAGUGACCUCAGCAGCGGCCGCAUCUCAGUCUGAAAUGUCUGCGUCACAGGUGUAUUUCACAGGAAUUGGAUGGUACCUGAUGCACUUCGUGGUGAGCAUCGGCAAUGACGGCAUCAUGAAAUUCUUGGGCGAAAACUUGCCACCCUUUCAGAUCGUCUUUUUGCGCUUCGCAGCGGCUGCGCUGGUCUUGUUGCCAGUGCUGGCGAUCCAGGGGAAGAGUGCAUUCAAGUCCGCGCGGCUUUCCAUGCAUGCCGGCAGAGGGGCACUGCUUGCGCUUGGCAUUGGCUUGUGGUGCUAUGGGCUUAGCAUCAUGCCCUUUGCAUCAUGCGUCGUCAUCAACAACACGAUGCCGUUCUUCAAGAUGUUGUUUGCGCAGCUCAUCUUGGGGGAGAAGGUUGGUAAGCAGCGAUGGUUAGCUAGCCUUGCAGGCUUCAUAGGCUGCGUGAUUGUUUUCAACCCGACGGCUGCAACCUUCAAACCGGAGUCUCUGGUGCUGCUGCUGUCUGCGUGCUGUUUUGCGAUGCUCGACAUCUUCAACAAGAAGUACACCACCUCAGAGACCGUCACCUCGAUGCUGUUCUACGGCGCCUUAGCCACGGCUGCCAUCUCGGCGGUGCGUGCCAUUCCCGCCUGGGUUCCUGUCACAGGAUCGCAGAUGGCCUUGAUUGGAUGCCUGGGAGUCGGUGCAAACUUCCUGCUCUUCUGUCUGCUCCGUGCCUUCAAGUAUGUGGAUGCUUCCGCAACUUGCCCAUAUCGGUAUACGGAGUUCGUGCUCUCUGCCAUUGUGGGUUUCUUCUUGUUCAAGGAGAUGCCAUCGAAGUCGACCUUCUUCGGCUCCUGCAUCAUCCUGCCCUCCGUCAUCUACACAGCACUUGUCGAGAGCAGAGAGGCGAACCAGGAGCAGAAGUCCGAGGAUAAGGUGGAGGACUCGCCUGAUAAAAAGCUCGCUAAGCUGCUCCUGCUCUGGAGCUACACGGCCGGGAAGAGGGCUGUGGAGGCCGAGGCAGCCAAGGCGUGCGUGUGGGGGCCAGCGCUUUGGAGUACAAUCCACCGAUCCUUCUCUGAUGCUGGUCCACAGAAGGAGGUUCUAGAACCUUGGAAAGAGCGCCUCAACGAGCGCCCAUUUCGUCUACAGGACAUACCAGGCCGAGGUCUUGGAGCAGUGGCCACCAAGGACUUGCAGCCUGGAGAUGUGGUGCUGCUAGAGCGCCCCAUUUUAGCGGUACGAAGCGAUGAGAAGGGCGAUGAGUGGAAUCAUGAGCUUCAUAGUCAGUACAAGGCGCUUUCGGAUGAGGGCCAAUCUGAGGUCUGGAAGCUGCAUGACGCAUGCCUCCAGAAGCCAGAGAAGUCUUUGGAGGGCAUCCUUUUCACUAAUUGCAUCGGCCGAGAUCAGACUGUGAGGUUUGAUGCGGCGGUUUGCUUGGAGUUGAGUCGCUUCAACCAUGGCUGCUGCCCCAACUUGGAGCAGAGCUGGGAUGAAGAUGCUGGGCAUGCCCGGUUGGUUGCGGCGCAUCCGGUUAAAGCCGGUGAGGAGCUCUUCACACACUACGUGGAAUUGAGGCUUCCGCGGGAGGAAAGGCGCCAACGACUUCAUGAGUCUUAUGGCUUCUGGUGUACGUGUCCAACAUGUUCGCAGUCUGACUUUGCGGAGAGCGACAAACGACGGACUGAAAUGCGCCGUCUGGACGCAAAUCUUCGGAAGGACCAGGUGAGCAACCUGGAACGCGGUGAGAGGCUUGUGAAGAAGCUUCUCAAACUGUACGACCAGGAAGGGUUGGGAAUGUUCAGCUGGCGAAAGAUGCACUGCCUUUCGGGCAUGGAGUGUGCGCUACGGCGGGGCGACCUUCCUGUUGCUAUUCAAUGGGCGCGCAAAGCUCAUGAGCACGCAAGGCUGGCCCAUGGUCCAGAGCAUCGUGAUACGCGGUGGUGUGCAGAGUUGAUGAAGGACCCGUCCAGUCAUCCCGCAUUUGAGUACCGAAGUCAGAAUGUGAAGAACUGGGCGACGUAUGUCCUCGUUCUGACGCUCGUGUUGGUUGUCUACACCUUUAUGUACGACUGA